GCAAACCUCCGGAAGCCUUCAGGCCGCACUUUCGCAGGCCCUCAAAAUUUAUCGGGCUUCUGGACACCACUCUACGAUCCAGCCAUUUCAUAAGCAGGAUCUGACGGACGCCAGCCAUGAGCGGCCCGAGCAGCUGGCGGCGGGCAGCCACCGUGAUAUUGGCGGCGGGCUGGACCCACUCGAGCUCCGCCGGCUUCCGGCUGCUGCUUCUCCAGCGAGCGCAAAACCAGCGCUUCAUGCCCGGCGCGCACGUCUUCCCGGGCGGCGUGCUGGACGCGGCCGACAGCUCGCCCGACUGGAUGCGUCUGUUCGCGCCUCGGCACACGCCGCCACGUUUCGGCCUAGGGCCGGAGCCACCCCGGCAACCCUCUUUUCCCGGGUUGUCCCACGGCGACGCGGACCCGGCGGCGCUGCCUGAUGACGUAGCGCUGCGCAUCUGUGCCAUCCGCGAAACCUUCGAGGAGGCGGGGGUGCUGCUGCUGAGGCCGCGGGACUCGGCUCCCGCUUCUCAGGAGCCCAGUCUUGCGCUGUCGCCUCCAGCCGGCCUGGCCGAAUGGCGCUCGCGCGUGCGCAGUGACCCGCGCUGCUUCCUCCAGCUGUGUGCACACCUGGACUGCACGCCGGACAUCUGGGCGCUGCAUGACUGGGGCGGCUGGCUCACACCGUAUUGGCGAAGCACUCGCCGUUUCGACACCACCUUCCUCCUGUGCUGCCUACGCGACACCCCGCGCGUGGAGCCCGACCUAGCCGAGGUGGUGGGCUACAAGUGGUUGUCCCCGUCAGAGGCAACUGAAUGUUUCCUAUCAAAAGAAAUCUGGCUGGCACCACCACAGUUCUAUGAAGUGAGAAGACUUGAAGAAUUUGCCUCUCUCCCUGCUCUGAAUAGAUUUUGUUUGGAUCGCCCAUUAGAAGUAGCUGAGAAAUGGCUGCCAAUAGUAUUUUUAACUUCUGAUGGCGCCAUCCAUCUUCUCCCAGGAGAUGAGCUGUAUGUGAAAGACUCAGACUUCUUAGAAAAGAAUAUGUCUACUGACAAAAAGACUGAAGAAAUCAUCAAGGAAGGCAAAGUAGUUAACCGAAUUGUGAUCUACAGUUCCCAUGUCUACGAAAUCUACAUGACUCUUCCGUCAAAGAAUGAGCAUGUGUACCCUAGGAACUACAUAAUGAAUAAGAGCCACACUGCCCACCUGUAAGCUGCAGUUCUGUACUGUUAGCAAAUGAUGAGGCUGGACUGAACGUGUCUAAAAUCUAAGUAACCUGCCCAUAAAAGUCCCAAUGAGAUGUUUUCCCUGUGUCAUGUGUGUUUUGAGAGCCUCUGCCAUUUGUCAGACUGCACAGCAAGCCAAAUGUAGAAUGUACAAAGUAUUAAAGCUCUUGUUACCAAGAUAAAUGGUUUCACAACAGUUGUUUUCUUAGUUGAACAUCAGAAAGGGGUCUCCUGCCAUCUUCUGACUGUCCCAUGUGUUAGUGGUUUCCUGGUGUGCUGUGGAGAUUGAGCCCUAGGUCUCUUACACUUUUUCAGGAGUUAAUUCAGAGAUACCUAGUUAAGGGGGUGCUAAGGGACGGAUGUGAGAAUUCCCCCCCAUCCCCAGGUGGUAGCUGUGUUUUGACAGGUUGUGAAAACUGAGGGGCAGACUUCAGCUAGGAAAAGUGGGUCUUGGGGGAUUGAGUCCCCACUCUGUGCCAGCAGAGUUCUUUGUUUCCUCAUCUGAGUGGAUGUGAGCAGGCUGCCUCAGGUUACUGCCUCCAUGAAGGCCACAUGUUGUUUCUGUCAGGCAUUUGAUCAUAGUAAGGAAAGUGUUAAUGUAAAUAAACAGAGAUUGAGACAUC